AUGGAUUUUUCCCGUCUGCAAAACUUGCAGUACGAGUUGAACUCAGCCAAUACCACAGCCGCGAAUUUGCCAUCGACACUGCUGGAACUAGUCGUUCCCGGAUACAGCACGAUUUCUCAGCUCGCUUUUCGAAUCCUGGGUAUCGAUAUCGGGGUCCUUGUAACAGGCUGGGCACUGCUGUUUGGCUCCCACACGGCCUGGCGGUACCUCUACGAUCUGGUCCAGGGAUACUUCGACAAUUACUAUACAUCUUCCAUCCAUAUCAGCGACGAUGACGGCUUGUUCGACGAUGUCAAGGCUUGGCUGUCUGAACAGCAAAACAGCAAGUCCAGCAGGAAGCUGAAAGCAGUCACAGACUACGAGGACAAGAAAAAGGAUGAUAACGUCCAUGACGAGCACGGAAUCUACAAGUAUGAGGUUCCCAUGCCGCGGUACGAGCCCAGCUACGGGAGCGACGAUUUCGUUCACGGCAGGCGGCGCUUCAAAGUCGUUCGCUCGAGCGUAAAGGACGAAGCCGGCUCGUACAUGCGCGAGACGCUAGAAAUCUACUGUUAUUCGCGGACCGCACAGCCCGUCAAGGAACUCCUGGUUCACAUCAGACAAUGGAAGAUCAGCCAGGAAACCGCCAUGACAAGCGUCUACCGCGCGCUAAACAGCGGUGGUCGCUAUUGGAGUCGGCAGUCGUGCCGUCCGUCGCGCCCGCUGCACACAGUGUCUCUCGACCAGCAGCAGAAGGACGAUGUUGUCGAGGACAUUAACGAGUACCUGCACCCUGCCACGGCCAGAUGGUACGCAGCAAGGGGGAUACCACACCGGCGCGGAUACCUUUUCCACGGCCCCCCCCGGUACCGGCAAGACCUCUCUAUCGACCUGACGGAGUCUGAUCUAUGCUCGCUCUUCGACUCCCUGCCGGACCGGUGCAUCGUGCUGCUCGAGGACAUCGACAGCGCCGGUCUCAAGCGCGAAGAGGAAGCCGGGGUCGAAAUUUUCAAAAGCGGGGACUCGAGUUUGGAGGCGAGCAGUAGGGAAGCGACAAAAGCCGCCGAGACCAAGACAGAGAUCUCGUCUGGAUCGAUCAGUCUGAGCGCUCUGCUAAACGUCAUCGAUGGCGCUGCGUCGCACGAGGGCCACGUUCUCAUCAUGACGACCAACACGCCAGAGCAACUCGACGCGGCGCUGAUCAGACCCGGGCGUGUCGACCUGCAGGUCGCUUUCACACUUGCCACGGACGAUCAGAUCCGCGAGACCUUUAUGCGCAUGUACAGCCAAACGCCUGGGGAACAGACCAGCGGUGGCCGCCUGCCGAGCAGCAAGUCGCGGCCUGUGUCUCGGAUCACGGAUCCCAAGACGCUCGAGGAGAUGGCACGGGAGUUCGCAGCGCAGCUACCUUCAGAUAAGUUCUCUCCUGCAGAGAUUCAAGGGUAUUUGUUGAUGAGGAAAAAGGACCCGCGAAGAGCGCUGAAGGAUGUGGAGAACUGGAGGGAUGAGAUGCUCGAGUCGAAGAAGAAGGGCAAGAAGCUGGUCGGCGCACACUAG